AGCACGGCCGGGAUAAUAUGCAAAGCGACGCCCGCGCCAUUAAUACUCAAGCCAGGCGUAUCUGCUUUCAGGAGCGAGCUGUUUCUCGAGCCAUAUCUGCCCAACACCAGCGGCGGCGGCGGCGGCGGCGGUGGCGGCGGCAGCGGCAGCGGUGGCGUCGGCCAGCAGCAGCAACAGCAGCAAGUUGUCGUCAACUCACCCGAUACGCCACCCCCCGAACCCCUCGUCGUCGUGCAACGACAGCUACAUCAUGUGCAGAGCGAAGGUUCGUUAUCGUCGGACAAUGGCACAGGCACAUCGGCGGACGGUUCGUCGGAGGACGGGUUGUCGGAGGAGGGUUGCUGCGACGACGACAGCAGCCACCUGCAAGGCCAUCAUCACAGCCACGCGAGCGAGGCAGCGUGCAGCAUCACCCUGAUCGAGCGGCUCAUUCGCUCGCAUCCGAUCUGGUUUCUGCCUGGCAUUCAACGCGCCGGCGCCUUUCACCUGCUGCAAGGCAAAGAGGAAGGGAAUUUCGUAGUGAGACAAUCAAGCCAGAGCGAUACGAUGGCGCUGUCCGUGAGAUUACCAGCGGGUAAAGGACCGUACAUCGAGCAUUACCUCAUCCAGGCGAACAAAGGAAAGUUGAGCUUGGAGACGAGCGAAAAUAGGUUCGACAACAUUCCCUCGCUCAUCGCCCAUUACUCCCAGUGCUGCGACGAGUUGCCGGUGCAGCUGACACUGCCGCGGGCGAUGCGAGAGGCCAAGAAUAGGCAGCAGCUCUCGUCACUGGCCCUUCUCGGCCAAGAGUUCUGGAGGUAUCCAAUGGCUAACCCUAAGCAGCCACCCGAGAGCAACGCCUGCAGUAGUAGCAGCAACACCUCCAGUCUUGGCAGCUUUCAUGCCGGAAACAAUAACAAUAACAACAUCAAUAACAAUCUGAGCACGCCAGCCACUGAAAGUAUUAUACUCAAUCUCACGCCGAUCGCAAUUAAAGAUUCUCUAACUACGUCGCCGGCAAGCACGCUGACAACGUCGACGUUCACAUCGUCGCUGCCUCGACAGUCACGUCCGACGCCACCGAACACGCUAAAUCUGACGAGCUUUAACGAGCCACUGGAAGCCUCGCGUCGCGACAACAAACUGUCACCGAACGACAGGUUAUCGCAGAGGCUGAUUUCACCGAAUCUCGUGCAGAAUCUCGUCAGAUCGCCUUCACCCGUUGCACACAAUGUCGAGGCUAAUGUACUCAGUCCGUCGUCGGUGUGCGAAUCAGUCAAGAGCCCGUGUGGUGAUUUCGUGCGAGGAAGUCAAUUCACGUCGAGCAAUACAUCUAUGACGUCGAAUUUCCAUCGGAACAUUGCUACGGGUUUCAACGAGUUAGCGCAGAUAAAGUCACCUGACGUCGUGCAGACACCGAUGGGAAAUGUGAAAAGUCCACCGCCACCGCCGCCCAGGUGGGCUAAACCUGGACAGCCGCAGCAGCAGCAGCAGCAACAGCAGCAGAGUAACAUUACAUUAACUACAACAGUUACAUUCAAUGUUAAUCAGAGUGGAGAUGUCAGCAAUAUGCAGUCAACGCCAUCGGACUCGAACAUACCUUCACUCUUCAGUCCACAAAGUGCAUCAUCCAAAUCAUUAGGCUCGAAAUCAUCGUCAGCUCAAUCCUCAUCAGCAGCAACACCCAUCCUCUCUACAUCAUCAAAACUCGGCAAUAGAACUCCUCAAAUUCUUUCGCCUGGUGGUGUCUCAAACACAGGAAAACCGUCUCGUCGAAAACGAGAUAAAGACGCGCGUAAAAACUCUCAACACUAUCAGGAAUCCGACAUUAUGGAAUCGUAUUACAGAAGCUCGCCGGCCGACAAAAUAUCUGAUUACGAGGACAUUUGGAAUACGACAGAUCAAUCGAAUCCACCAACAUGGUCGCCGAAAGACAAAUUGAUGACGAGGUGUACGAUUGUGAAAAAUGAUCAGCAACUCGUCGCGCAAACAAACGAGAAACUUAUUAUACGGAACGAUAGUAAGACUGCGAGCGAGAAGAUGAGUUAUAAGGAGAUUACUAGUCCAGAGUUCACUAGCUUUAAACCGUUGCCCGAAGCUAAGAGUACCGAGACUACACCCUCACCCGAGGACAUGUCCAGGGGCAAGCGGCCCGAUCUACUGUCGAGAGUUUGUAGUGCGAACUCACUGAACAGUCCAAACACUCAAACACCGCCUCGCAAUAAAUUAGGUCUUCAUGUUCUCGCACGUUCCGAGAGCAACAGUCCCAUGACACCUAUGGAAACCAAACAAGGUUCACCAUUCUACGCGGAGCCAGCCGAUGCGAUACUACGGCCAAGUCUCGCAUUGGUAGCACGACGUCGACCAAAACCAUUGAACACAGUAGCAAGUAAAUUUCGGCACAGUGAACCAGGUUGGUUGCAAGCACAACUCAGUGGAAAUUGUCAUCUUGGCGUAUUGCAUCCCAUCGAUUGGGACGAUUCGGAGGAAACCGAGGAUAAGACACCGUUAAUCUCGUCAUCGGUCGACAAUCUUGCCAAGAGGCUGAGUAGCGGCAAGGAGAAAAAAUGUUUACCCUGCGCGGCCAAACCCGUACAGCCACCCAAGAUCAAGCCCAAGAUAUUCAGCGACACUUCGUGGGCGGUCGACUCCAGCUGGGAAUUUAUAGGCAACGACGCUGAUGAUUGCGAGCCUGAUUACGACUGUGAUGCGGACUAUGAAGUUGAGAAUGGACGGAAAUUCCAUGGAGAGGGGCGUGAUAGAUUCAUCGUGCGCAAUAAUUUGACAGCUCAUAAUAUUAUUUUGCAAAGAUAUCCGGAGCUGCUGAAGUCAGCGCCAACCACAAACAGUCUUCACAGCGAUCGUAACUCGUCGUACGAUAACGUGGAAAGACGGUUGAUCGGUCAAUCGACCACGACAAUGUCGACGACCACGAUGAACACCAACGCAACGACCAUCGAGCCAGCCGAAACGAUAUUGGACACGGACGUUGAAAGUAGCGACCAAGAGCGCGUCAAGCGCAGCCGUAGCUUCAAGGACCGACUCGAUCCCCUUUUAUCACCACCGGUUCGUGGCCGCGGCGAGAGUGGUCAGGGAUCGAACGUCGCCGGCAUGACGAUCAGCACCUACGCUCUGCAGCUUGCCGCCGAUCGCACCACUACCUUCUCGCAAAACAUCGAGAACUUCAUCCAGUGCACCAAGGAAGGCAAAGAGGCAUCGCCCCACGUUGUCAUGCGCAAUAUGAGACAAUUCAUGUCCGGCAUGAAGAACUAUUUGGUAAAGCACGGCGAGCGUGAAUUCGAGAGAGAAGUCGAGAAGCAGCGUUUGAAACUGAAACCCAACGAGUUUCUCAACCUGGACGCGAUACUCGAAGACGUGAUGAUGCGUCUGGUGGUGAGUCCGUUGCGCGAACAUGUGUACAGACUGUUUGUCGAGCAUUACGCUGCCAACGGCUCCAUUCAAGAUCUCGCCGAUAGCAUUCAACUCGCCCAAUCCAAACAAUUGCAGGAUCUCGGCGUCCGACCGAAAAUCAUUCCACCGUCGGAGGCCGGUUUGGAGCGCAUACUCGGUAACAUCGAACGUCUUCAAUUAGCUGAUUCACCACUGGAGAAGCUCGAGCACCUGCUGUCUGCCAUCUCUGCCAUUGUCAAUUCGGUGAAGCACGCUAAUUCCAGCAGAGCAGUCACCCUCGGCGCGGAUGAUCUAUUACCACUUCUCGUGUGGGUGUUGGUGCGCGGCAAAGUCAUCGACGCUGAAAUCGAAGCCGAGUACAUGUGGGGACUUUUACAUCCGUCCCUCUUGACCGGCGAAGGCGGCUACUACCUUACCACUCUAUCCAGCGCUGUUCAUGUCCUCAAAACUUUCAAAUCUAGUCAAGGAACCAUGUCCACAAUUACUCAGGGAUGUGGAACACCGGAUUGUUCGUCGGUUCUUCGUGUUCUCGUGCCAGAUGAGCUAAAUGGUUCCCUUAAUACCAGAACACUGCCAGUUCGACCAAACAUGAAUACCCGCGAACUCUGCCGUAUUCUUGCUCAUAAAAUACGGUGCACAAAUCCUCAAGAUUAUGGUCUUUUCAAAUUGGUUCAAGGAGAAGAAACUCUUCUUGGCGACCACGAUUGUCCCCAAGAAAUGUCACACUGUCUAUUCGCUUACAAACGUAUCGAUGCGAAAAUAGCAUGGCCAAAGACCACCGAUAGCAGCAUUAUAACUACUAACGGAAACAGCGCCUCCUGAUCCACGAACAUGCAACGACGCACCGUGAAAAUCUUGUCUAUAAAUCUGUAUUAACUUUUUUAUAAAACUAUACUAUGAAUGACGAAUGAAUUUUGUGUGAGAUGACAGACUUACUGUCAAUAUUAUGUGUAGACCAAUUAUGCUGCGUUGACAUGGUAUUAUUAUAUGUUAUGUAUUGUCUUGUAUGGUCGAUAUAAAAAAAAGAAACAAAAUGAUCAGCCUUUUUACUUCCUUCGUCUGUGUUCACUUUAUGACUAAUGUAAUUUUGGUAAAAAACAACAAAGUUAAUCAUUUUUCGAGCUAUCUAUUUCAAAAUUAUCACGUUUCAUGUGAUACAUGAGUUAAAACAAUAAUACAGAUUAUUAGUCAUACUUUUAACAGUUGUAAUGCGAUGCCCAAUGUACCACGUAUUUUUUUUCAAAUUAUUCACUGUAAAUGAUUUGCAAAGCCAGAUUUUCCAAGUGAUAAUGUGCAAUAAUCAUAUAAUAAUAAGCAACGUCAAAAAAGUAGAUCAUGUUCGUGAUAUUUUUCAUGUAAAUAUUUGUGUACGUGUUAUUAAAUAAUAAGGAAAUCAUUUUUUUCCAUGCGUGAUUAGCUGUAAUCUUAACAUUUAGCUCUCUUCUAAAACAAAUUGAUACUACUCGUGCCGUAAAUAAAUUAUUAUAAACAUGAAUAAAAUAUAAAAAAUUAAAGAGUUAUUAGAACGUAUUUUUACACAAAAAGUAUCGAUCAAAUGAUAAGUAGAAAUCAAGACUAGAUGCGGAAAUUCGAGGAAAGUAAAUAUUACGGAGUUAAAAUUCUCAAUAGAAUUAAGCAAAAAUAACGAAUCAUAUUGUCACUGUGACUGAAAAAAUAAAGUUUUUAUUUAUUUUUGUUCUCAAAUCAAAUGGGUAAUAGUCACGCGGUAAAUAAUGAACCCAUUAAAUGUUGUACAAAUAUUAAGCCUCAGCGUGUGUCUUCUGAUUAAAUCUUGCCUAAGAACGUUUCCAUUCGUAUUAUCAAUGAAUAUUUAUCGACAUAAUAAUCAUUCAAACAUCUAACUAACGCCAAAUAGUGGCAAAGAACAAUUAUAUACAAUAUUAGUAAUUACAAAAAAUACAUCUAUCUAGAUGGAUGUCGACGUAUGUUUAAGAAUUAUAUUAUCGAUUAUAAUUGAUUUUUAAUUGGUUACGACCAUAGAUUCACAUAGUUUUCCCAUCAAAUAAUUUGUAAUAAUAAUUUUAUAUAACACAUGAAAAUUGUCUUCGAUGAUUUAUAAAAUAAUAAAUCUUCAAAUACGAAACUUUUUCGGUUUUUGUGAAAUUCUACGAAUAAGAUAAUUGAAAAUGAUCAAUAUAAAUCGAAAAUGAACUGAGAUAACUACAUCAUAUGUAGGUCUUUUAGAUGGUAAAUAAUGUUUUUUUAAUAAAAGGAUAAUUUGAGACUAAUUCUUAUAACUCAUGUCGAAUCAAUCUUUUCAUGCAUUAUUGUAACUUUUAAUUUUUGUUAUUGUACAGUAACAAAUCAACUGAAAUUAUAUUUUCAUAUUUUAACUAUCAAUUGUAUACAUUGAAAUUAGUUUUAUAAAGUCGAUUAGACAAUCAACCAAUUCAGUAAAUGUAAAAAGAAUAAACGGAAUCAAAGGACUUCUUCAUACUCUAUAGUGGGCAAUGUUCAGUACCACGUUUAACAGUAUAACAUGGAAUGUAAAUAGUCUCUUGAAUUAAUUUUUAGGCGGAUAGUUAAAAUACUUUAAGUAGGUAGCAUAGAAUAUACUUUAAUAAAACUAUAUGGAUAAAAUCAUGUACUUUAACAAUUAAUAUAUUUUUCAUUGUAAAUUAUAAUUAUAUUCAAAUAAAUCGUCAUCAAAAUCUAUCUUAACUAUUGGUAUGAUUCUAGUUUUCAAGUAGAUCGUUUAUCAAGAAAUAUAUUUAUGUACCACUGAACUUUUAAGUUAUCUAUAAUCCCAUAAAAUUUGUGGACAUUUGCUAUUUACAAUAACAAUAAAUUAAUAGUAUAUUUUAUGAAAAAUUUUUAUGAAUUUCCAAAACAAUAGCUCAAAUUAAUUUCGUCAUUACGAUGGAACUAUAAAUCAAUCAACGGUUACUCAACAACGUAUAAAAUUUGUUGAUGGUUGACUGUGAAUAUUUUUCAAUGUGUUACGCUUGUAUAAGUCUUAAGAUUGCGGAGCCGUACUCAUUUAAAUGGUGUUUUUUACUUGGCUUUUUUAAGGGUAAGAAAAUAAUCGUUCAUCCUUAAAUCUCAAUGCUUUUCUAAAAAAAACCUUAGAAACCAUAGAUAAGGCUAGUUGGACAGUAGAAUUUGAUAAUUCUCAUGUGUUCUUUUGUUUUUAUAAAAAUAUACUUUAAGCAUCAGCGAACGUUCAGUUUUCUUGUACUGCACUUUUCAAUUAAUAUUAAUGUAUGUAUCGAUCGA